UUGGAGUAAGGACAGACAUAGAGAACCAAUUGGUUACCUACCGAUAUCAUUUAUCGUGCACAGAGGAAUCCUUUACAAAACUUGUCAGAAUGAACAUCUCGCAUUUGGUGGCUUGUGGACUUAUGAUCACCCUGCUUUCAGUGAGGACAGGGGCGAAGCCUCUAACACCCGCGCAACAGAAGUCUCUUAGAAGUUUGUUGGGGGAGGAGCUGUCGCAGUUCCUGGCGUCUGACGAGAGAGAGCGGAGGAUGGAGAACUUGCGCUCCCGGGUACGCUUGCUACGAGACCUGCGCAUGGAAACUCGCGCCAAAGGCAUGUGGGCGAGCCAGCCCAGCGCACGGAGACACAAACCUAACACCAAGAAAGGGGCCGCGGCCCGGAGUGGCUGCUUCGGACACAAAAUGGACAGGAUAGGCACCAUUAGCGGCAUGGGCUGUUAGAGAUGGCGUAUAGAGACGUGUCGAGCAUUCAGACGACGGGUUCGACAACUUGGAUUCAGUUGGUCCUCGUCUGAGGUAAAAACCAAAAAAGUGACGGAUUUUCGGUACGAAAAACCACGAUGACCACCAUAUUCGAGGACUGAGACAACAAUGAUAAAACCAACCCAUAUGUAUAACAUAAAGAAAGACCAACACACACUACAAGAUGGCGGACAAUGGUGUAAAAACUAGAAACCGCAAAGCUGUAUAUCGCUGCUGCUGUAAAUUCAUGUACUUUAAUUCCUGCAUAAAUGUAUUUAUGUUUGAAAAACUAUUUAUAUGUUUAUAAAAGAGAUAUUUAUAAAUAUUCGUUUUAUUUAUGUAAAAUUUUGAAAUGGAUGCAAACUGCAGGUAAAU